AUGUCUCCAACCUCAGUACCCAGUGGUGACAGUAGCUGGGAGGAGCUUAGAUGUCCGCUAGAUGACUAUGUUGAACCACAUGAUGACACUUAUUACGACGAUUCUCGCCUAAGAGCUGACGACAAUGUCGAUACGAUUGAGGACUACGCGCAAGAUUCAUAUCCUUAUGAUCCGGAGCGCGAUGAUCCAUUACGGCAUGAAGGAGUGCCGGAAGAGGAGAUAGCAAAGGUCGUCGUCGAUGAUUACCUGAAAACCCCUGAUAUUGCCCGUCACACAGCCCUCGAAACGGUUCGCAUUCUCACCACCAAGAUUCUUCGGGUGUCUGAUGUGGUGUUUUCGGAUCACCUACCGGCUCCCACAGAGCAGACCAUCGAAUCUCAAAUUGUGAAUCAUGGGCUGGAUUCGACCAUUUCCAAGGCAUCACUCGCGGAAUCAUGA